CAUUUGUUAACUAAAUAGUUAGCUUGCUAGUUGUUUCAGAGUCGGGCUACUUUUUAAUGUAUAUAGUAUGCUGACAAUAUAUAAAAAUCUUCAGACGUGAGCCCGAGUUAUAUGUUGAGUUGAAAGAAGACGUCAAGUGAUGAACCACAGACGUAUAUGUAUUUUUGUCUAAAACAGUGCUCAACUUGUUCGUCAUCUUCCAGUUUUGGUGGAUCUAACACUACCACUCAGCUCAUCUUCAAUAAAGAUGUCCAACCUCGCAGCUAAGUAUGACUACCUAGAGAAGCUGACCCGCAAAGUGUGCCAUUCUCAGAAUCAGGAAUCCAAGAAGAGCGCCUAUGUUCCAUUUCGUGGUGGCGGUGAAGGUGGCCCACCUAAGACGAAGCAAAAGAAACGGAAGCCUGCAAAAGGAAAAAAUGUCAGUGCAAAUGACAAGAAGCCAGCACCAAAGACCAUUAAAAAAACAGUGCAGAAACAGACCAGUGCAGUGGAUCAGAAUGCUACACAGGCCAAAGUUCAUAAUGGGAAUCAAGUAACCAUCCAACAGAUCACUAACGGUACAGAGUCAGAGGAACACUUUAAUGCAGUUGAUAUCUUAAGGAAAAGACUUCACCAGAAGAUUGAGGAAUCACGUGGGCAGGGCCCUCCCAAAGAUCCCUCCUCAGAGGAAGUGCAGAAAAGACGUGCAAAACGAAAACUGGAGAGGGAGCGCAAAAAGCGGAAAAGGAAAGAGUUCCGUAUGAAGAAGUUAGCGGAGAGUGCCUCCACAGAGGCGGAAGGAGAAAGUGCAACAACACAAACACCCACACAAGAGGAUAGUUCUGCAGCAAUGAGUCUUACAAAAAAGGACAUGAGCUCAGUAGUCUUCAACAAGGUGGAAGUAGGGGAGGCCUACGUGGACAAAGGCACGGCAUUGAAGCAGAAGAAAAGGAAAGUAAAAGGAAUGCUUACACCCCUCACAGGGAGGAACUACAAGCAGCUUUUGUCCCGAGUCGAGGCGAGGAAGACUCGUCUGGAGGAGCUGAGGGAGAAGGAUGAACAGAAAGCCAAGAAGGAGGAAGAGAAGAUAAGAUGGACCAAUGUUCUCUACAAGGCAGAGGGCAUGAAGAUCAAGGACAACGAGGAGCUGCUCCGUGCCUCCUUGAAGAGGAAGGAGAAGAGGAAGGCACAGAUAAAGAAGAAGUGGGCCGCAAGGAGCCAACAUGUGGUGGAGAAGAUGCAACAGCGGCAAGACAAGAGACGCAGGAACCUCCGGAAGCGCAAGGAGAGCAAGAUGGAGAAGCGUAAACAGCAGGCCAGGAAGAAAGGCAGGGUGCUCCCUGAGGAUCUAAAGAAGGCAGCUGUAUAAAGAAAGAGUGAUUUAAAAAAAGUGAUAACAUUUGCAUACAUUGAUGCAUCAGGACAAGGAUUCUUGAGUUAAGAAGCUUAAUUUCCACUGCAGAUUAAUCAUUUUGUCUUUAUUGAAAAUCUGAAAUUCAUAAAUCAAGACGCACAAAAUGUACCUGCUGAACCUGAGUGUUACAAAAUGGAACUGAUUUUUUUAAUCUACCCUUCAUAAUAUUUGUCCCCUCUUUUGAGUUCUUCUGUACAACAUUUUGGUUUUAAAUGUCUAUCUUUGUAGUGCAAAGUUGAUUUGAUAAAAAUAUUUGUGUGUGUG